AUGUCUACCCAACAGUACACGGUCGGCUGGAUUUGCGCCAUCAAGCCCGAGUUCGUCGCCGCACAGGAAUUUCUAGACGAGGAACACGACGCCGAAGGAAUCAGCGCUGCUGUACAUGACAACAACAGCUACGCAUUUGGUCGGAUUGGGCAGCAUAACGUGGUCAUCGCGGUGCUUCCAGAUGGUGAAUAUGGCACCAGUUCGGCAGCGACGGUUGCCAGGGAUAUGGUUCAUUCAUUCCCCAACAUCAGGAUUGGCCUGAUGGUCGGCAUCGGCGGCGGCGCCCCGAGCUCGAAGAACGACGUACGCCUCGGUGAUAUUGUCGUCAGCGCCCCUCGCGGCGGUAAUAGCGGUGUAUUUGAAUAUGACUUUGGCAAGACGAUUCAAGAGCAAGCCUUCCAGCAUACGAGACAUCUGGACCAGCCUCCCAACGUCGUCCGGACUGCGGUCACCAACCUGCAGGCGCAGUACGAACGCAAAGGCCACAAUAUUCAAGAUGCAGUCACAGACAUCACGGGGAAGAACAAGAGACUCCGGAAGUAUAGACGGCCAGACCCAAGCACCGAUGUUCUCUAUCAGUCGAAAUACCUUCACAAUAGCGGUGCUGGGGACUGCACGGCGGGCUGCGGUACAGAUUCGGAUAACAUCGUUCUCCGGAAAGAGAGAGACGAAGAUGAGGGCGAUGACGACCCGGCUGUUCAUUACGGUCUUAUCGCGUCUGCUAAUCAGCUCAUGAAAGAUGCCACGGUUCGAGACCGUCUCGCAGCGGAGAAGGGCGUGCUUUGCUUCGAGAUGGAAGCCGCAGGCCUUAUGAACCAUUUCCCUUGUUUGGUAGUCAGGGGUAUCUGCGACUACUCGGAUACCCACAAGAACGACAACUGGCAUGGAUACGCCGCAAUGACUGCGGCUGCCUAUGCCAAGGACCUUUUAGGAAAGAUCUUGCCGAGCAAGGUUGAAGCAGAGAAGAGGUUAGCCGAUGCCGUUGAGUCAGUAAAGCAAGAAAUGCAUGACUUCCAAGAGACAAUGUUCAGUAAUCGGGAAGACGAUGAGGUGAUGUCGUGGCUGAGAGCGCCGGACCAGUCAAGCAACCACAAAUUGGCAAUGCAAAGUCACCACGAGGGAACGGGGUCCUGGCUUCUAGAGGAUCCGGUAUAUCGGGGCUGGAAAGCAACUCGGAGUUCAUUUCUCUGGGUAUCUGGAAUCCCGGGCUGCGGAAAAACAGUUCUGAGCUCGACUUUGAUUGAAGACGUUCGGUCUACUUAUUCAUCGGCUUGCCUUGCUUAUUUCUACUUUGAUUUCAACGACAGUUCAAAACAGACUCUCGACAGCUUGCUCCGUUCUCUGAUCCAACAGUGUUCUCAGAAGAACGAGGCAUCAAAGGCCUGUAUACAUGACCUCUGGAAGUCGCGUCCUGCGCGAAGAGAUGAGCAGCCGACAGCCCAGCAGCUUUAUGACUGUCUCGUCAAAAUCUUGAAUCAGUCAGACGAGACUUGGGUUAUCAUUGACGCCCUUGAUGAAUGUACGACCAGAGACGGAUCCUAUGUAGACGGUAUUCUCUCUUUCAUCAAACAACUGAAGCAGGAUACAGUAGGGUCUACUCAUAUUCUCGUUACAAGCCGAUCAGUGGAAGAUAUCGAAAGGUCUUUUACCGAGUGGGCACAGAAUGAGUGUUUUAUUUCACUUCAGCACAGUCUUAUUCAAGAUGAUAUCCAGGCCUAUAUUCGCCAUGAACUUCGACCGGGUGGAAGGUUCGACAGGUGGCAAGGGACCCCAAGGUUGGAACAGAUCGAGUCGACACUCAUGGCUAAAGUUGAUGGAAUGGAUCUCGAUGAAACCUAUCAUCGAAUGAUCCGGGACAUACCAGAGGAGAACAAAUCCAAUGCUACCACCGUCCUCCGCUUCCUUGCUUUCUCGAACAGACCAUUUACAGUUGAAGAGCUCGCUGACGCUCUCGCGGUGAACUUGAACGAGUCUCCCAAGUUUGACCCGGCCUUCAGGAUGCCCAGACCUACUGAGAUCUGUCUGUAUUGCCCAAGUAUGCUGCUUUUGGCGCGGACGCGUAAGCGCGCAAGGGACCAGCUCGAUGGAUAUAAAGAAGUGCUAGAAGUGAGACUCGCCCACUUCUCAGUAAAAGAAUAUUUGACCUCGGACCGGCUCCAUGCAGAGCUGCGGCCACUGAUUGAGCCGUCUAUUUCCCAGGCGUUUCUUGCUGACAUCUGCGUGGCAUAUCUUUCAGAAAUCAAGGAUGCAAUGACAAAACAGCAGAUCGAAGAAGAGUUUCCGUUUGCCAGCUACAGCGCACAAUCAUGGCUGGACCACGCAGCUGCAUCUAGGUCAUUAGGCCAGGUGGCUGAAAAUGGUGGCCUGAUUCUCGAAUUUUUGUCAUCGGAUGACGUGGCCUAUGAGAAUUGGUUUAUCAUGUUUGAUCCAGAGGCCUCAUUCAAGAUCACGAAACCCGCCUCGGGUCUGUACUACGCCUGCUUGUAUGGCCUCGUCUCGGAAGUCGAGAGCCUGCUUUUGCAGCGUGUUGGUGUCAAUGAACAGGGCGGAAGACAAGGCUACCCGAUUGUGGCAGCUGCAGACAAAGGCCACACCAAGAUUGUGAAGCUCCUGAUCGCAAAUGGAGCAGAUGUAAACCUGAAAGACCCUUUCGAUCGGACAGCUCUACACAUGGCCGCCAGCGGAGGCUACGUCGAGAUUGUCCAGCUUUUGUUGGACGCCAAUGCGGAAGUUAACGCAAUGACUGCCGAGUACGAGACCAGCCUCGGUUGGGCCUGCAGCAGUGGGCAUCUGAAGGUCGUUCGGUUGUUGCUCGAUUGGGGAGCAGUCAUGAACCCUCCAGGCGGAAUGUCAGUCAACGUGCUCCAGCUGGCUUGCUCAUACGGCCACGUGGAGAUUGUUCGCCUUCUUCUCAACAAGGGCGCUGACGUACACGGACUGGGUGAAAACUCUGAAUCACCGCUCGAGUCUGCUGCCUCGUAUGGUGAUGUGAGGAUUGUCUCUCUUCUACUGCAGCACGGAGCAAGUCUGACGCUGCUGCCAAAUCAGAUCGGGGAUGCCCUGCAAUCUGCUGCGGCCCGUGGUGACGAACGUACCAUGCGGAUCCUUCUUGACGCCGGUAUGCCCGUUGGCAGAAGCAUGGAGCGAGAUGUUUGUGCGUCAUUAGCUGGCGAGGAGCAAGAUGGGCAUGCAAUGUCGGCUCUUUGGGCAGCAGCCAAGAGCCGCCAUGUCGGCGCCGUCAGGAUGCUUUUGGAUGCAGGCGUGGGACCAAAUAAUGCUUGGGCCAAGAACAAUGGCAUUCUCCAGCGUUUCUACAACCCCCAUGGCCAGCAAGAAGUAGAGAUCAUGAAGUUGCUGCUCGAUCACGGGUUUGAUGUCAACGACUCUGAGAGCGCGGACGAGUCGGCGCUGGAAAGCGCGGUUCGAGCUGGCCGCGAGGAUAUCGUACGUCUCCUGAUUGACAGAGGCGCCAACGUCAAUUCACAUGAAACAAGGCCUGGAAACAGUGGCAGCGGUCCCCUUUUCAGUGGUUGUCGACAUGGCAAAGAAAACCUUGUGCGCAUACUGCUCGAAACUGGCGCAGAUGUUAAUUCUGUAAGAUCAAAUGACACGGCUCUACAGGUGGCUGUCUACGAGGGGCAUAGAAAUAUUGUGCGGCUGUUGCUUGAACGGGGCGCCGAUACGGGGAGAGUGGCUAAGCGCCAUUAUCCCAUCGGUCAUAGAUUCGACGACCCCCUGCUUCGAGCUUAUAAGAUGCGUGACUGGGAGUCAGUGCAGAUGCUUCUCGACUACGGAGCGAGUCUCCAUACCGUCGCUGGAGAAUCUUGCAAUAAGCAUAGCUUCUUGGAGAUUGUUUGCCUGGACAAUAACAUGCACGCCGUCAAGAUGCUGCUUAAUCGAGGUGUAGACGUCAGUCUUGGUCUACCGGUAGCGUGUUACCAAGGGCACGUCUCCCUUGUAGAGGCAAUGCUUGACGGCGGCAGCGAUAUUAGCAUACACAACGCCAGGUACGGAGACCCUUUGGGGGCUGCGUCAUACGGAGAGCAUGUUGAAGUUGUACGCCUCCUUAUCGACAGAAGAGUCCCAGUCGACGCAUCAUCUUCGAUCUACGGCAGUGCCCUCAUAGCAGCAUCGAGUAAGGGCCAUGAGAAGGUCAUCAACGCUUUGCUUGAUGAGGGCGCCAACCCAAACAACAACAUUGGAAGCCACGAAGGUCCAAAGAAGUCAGAGGUGCCCCAAAAUUUUGCAAAGCUAUGGUCUCCCGCCGACGAAAAUGGCAACAAUCCCGCUAUGUACGGAAACGCGCUUCAAGCAGCUUGUCACGAAGGCCGCGAGGACACGGCGUGGUUACUCAUCAACCGCGGCGCAGACGUAAACGCACCAGGUGGCUGUUACGGUAGUGCGCUGGCAGCUACUUCCUACGGUGGCAAAGCUAGCAUAGUGCAGCUACUCCUGGAAAGCGGAGCAAGUGCCAAUUCUCCCGGCGGCAUUCAUGGGAAUGCUCUUCUGAGCGCUUGUCGUAGAGGCCGCGAGGAUAUCGUUCGUAUUCUGAUCAACAACGGAGCCAGUGAAGACUUGGAUACAAGCUUAUCCACAGCAGUUCGCGAGGGGCACACGCAUACUGUCUUGACUAUACUUGAACUCUGUGGGAGCCAUGUAUCAUUUGACAGCGGUUCCCUCGCAGAUGCUAUAAAUACAGAUGAAGAUUACCUCAUUGGGGUUAUCCUCGACAUGAUCGGGACCUUCACUGAUGAGACCGGCAUAUGUCCACUUCACGCUGCCGCCGCUGCUGGGAGACGAGGCCUUGUGGAAAACCUACAGGAUCGAGGAGCAAGCCUGACAGCUGAGGGGCUUAAUUUCAAUGAAGCACUCGUAAAUGCUUCCGCACAGGGGAACAUCGAAGUGGUAAACUUCUUGCUUGAGUUAGGUGCUAACCCUAAUCAACAUUAUGAUAUUACGUCGGAAGGGAAGAGGUGGAUUUAUAGCAGUGCGCUUCACGCAGCAUCGCAGGCUGGGCAUUUGGAGAUCACCCAAUUGCUCCUUCAAAGUGGUGCGGAUGCCACUUCGCCAGGCGGAAAGUACCGGUAUUUAACACGCGCUGUCAUUGUCAGCCAUGAUAUGGACCGUUUUGAGAUGCGUAACAAAUACGGACAAGAUCUUGAACAGGAUGUUGUUGAGAGAUUUGAGGCUAUCGUCAAAAUGCUGUUUGUUCAUGGGGUCGACGCGCGUUGGGUACAACAGGACUACAAUGAAUGUCUGCAUCAGAGUGCCUGCGUUGGAUUUGAAACCAUUGUCGAGAUUCUCAUAGAGAAAGGGGCAGACAUCAACUUCUACUUCGAAAAGUCCAACACGGACGUUCUAGAAGCGGCGCUAUGGUGUGGAUAUCCACAUAUUGCUUGGGUUCUGGUGGACCAAGGUUGCCACAUACCCGACUCACACUGGGAGCGCCUCUACGGAACCCAGAGAAAGACACUGCUGCAUUUUGCGGCUGAGUAUGGGCGUAAAGAUAUUGUUCAAGGACAUGUUUCCAAAAAGCUUGAUGUUAACAUACGAGACGAUCGUGGCCAAACCCCACUCCACCUUGCGGUUAUAAACGGGCAUCAUGAGAUCACGAGUACUCUGUUGGAAAACGGUGCGGAGCCGUCUACACGGCACAAAGAUCUUUCUGGGCAAACGCCUCUGACAUACGCCAGAGGGACAGACCUGGGAGACGGCCGUGGGCCGGUCGGCCCACAUGCUUUGUGUGUCGAGGUAUUAACGCAAUGGAGACCAGCAAGACUCCGGGUAAAUGGGCGGAUAAACCCGCUAUGA